UGUGAUCCCUGAGACGCUGGCUGGGUCACCGCGUGUUUGCUUCCGCCAGGUCUCCGGCCGCGUGGAUCCCGGCGCGCCCCCGCCCUCUUGGCCAUGGGGGUCCCCAAGAGGAAGGUCUCGGGCGGCCGGGACGGCGCGGCUGCCCCGGCCGGCGCAACCAAGCGGGCCCGCACCGAAGAGCUCACGGGCGUGAGCUUCAAGGCUCAGCUGAGGGAGCCGCAGGGCGCGGGGCCGGCCCUGGAGGCAUUUGUUUCCGCUGCUAAGAAGCUCCCCCGAGAAGACGUGUAUGAUGUUGUGGAGGGGUACAUCAAGAUUUCUGUGGAGUGUGCCGAGAUUUUCCAGCUCCUGAGUGGGGAGAAGCGCCCUGAAAGUGAAAUGCUUUUAAUAUUUCAAGUUUUCGAGGCCAUAUUAUUGCGGACAGCCAGUGACCUUUCCCAUUUUCACGUGGUGGGAACCAACAUUGUGAAGAAGCUGAUGAAUAACCACAUGAAGCUCAUCUGUGAGUCCCUGUAUGCCUCGGGUUACAGGAUGGCUCGAGCCUGCCUGAACCUGAUGGCCGCCAUGGUGACCCAGGGUCCCGAGGCCGCCAGAGACGUCUGCAGCCAUUUCGAUUUGAAUAAGAAGACCUUGUACACCCUGGUGACCAAGAGGGAUCCAAAGGGAGUACAUGACGUCCGGCUGGCCUACAUUCAGUUUGCCCUUUCCUUUCUGAUUGCUGGUGAUGACAGCACCAUCACGCAAGUGCUGGAGUUGAAAGAAUUUAUUCCUUGCAUUUUUAGCUCAGGCAUCAAGGAAGAUAGGAUCUCCACCAUCAACAUUUUGUUGUCCACACUGAAAACAAAGGUAGUUCACAAUAAAAAUAUCACAAAAACCCAGAAGGUGCGUUUCUUCACUGGACAAGUGCUGAACCACAUAGCAUCUCUCUACAGCUGGAAGGGGAUUGUUGACGUGAGCCUGGACAGCGUCGAGACUUCUGCUGAAGACGCAGGGAAGACCAUGGUGCGGGAGCUUGUUCAUAACUUCCUGAUGGAUCUGUGCUGUUCGCUCAAGCAUGGGAUCAAUUUUUACGAUGCAUCUCUCGGUACCUUCGGCAGAGGAGGAAACCUGACUCUCCUGCACUUCCUGCUGGGUUUGAAAACCGCAGCGGAUGAUGAGCUGGUCGCUGAACUGGUGGUGAACAUUCUGAAAGUGUGCCCGGACCUACUGAACAAAUACUUCAAGGAGGUGACGUUUUCCUUUCUCCCGAGGCUGAAGUCCACUUGGUCAAAUAACAUCAGACUGCUAAACAAGAUCUACGCUGCCCAGCCGGACAUCUCCCGGGCGUUUCAGACCCGAGAGUUCAUUCCGCUGCCUCGGCUCCUGGCCAUGGUGAUGGUGACCACCGCGCCUCUGGUGUGCAACAAGAUCAUGUUCACGCAGGCGCUGAACUUGGACAGCGUAUCCGUGAAACACACAGCUUUAUCCCUUGUCGCCAUCAUUUUGAAGAGAGCCUUGAAGACCAUCGAGCACUGCCUGAAUAAAGAGGCCUGGCAGGAGUCGGGCGUCUACACGGCUGCCAUGAUGGAAGACUUCGUGCAGCUCUUCAGAGAAGCUCUGAGCAAGAUUUUACCAGACCUGAAUGCCAUCAUCUGGGUCUGGCAGUCUCUUAGAAAGCAGGAUGCAGAACAGGAGGACGAGAAAGGAAAGAAAAAGGCCAGCAGGGCUGCUGCUCCCUGCGUGGCUCCCGAGAGCGAUGAUGCAGAAACCAUUCUUCUGAAAGCCGUGCUGCUCCAGGUCAUCUGCCUCUACCAGAAGGUGGUCCCACACGUGGUCAUGCAGUACAACUUUGACUUCAGCAAGCUCCUGAAAGGGGUCAUCUCAGAGGAGGGCCUGCGAGAGGAGGUACCCCCGCUUCUGCAGCACCACAUUCUCAAGGUAGCCCUGGAGCUGCCUGCCAGCAAGUUUCUAUGGUUAAAGGCCCAGGAAGGCCCAGAUGCAGAAAUCAUUGGAGGCAAGCGAUCAGUGUUUUACUUACUGAUGAAAAUGUUUGUGACCAGUGGCCAUUCACAGCUCAAGUCAUCAACCAAACUUCUGAUUGUGAAGAUCCUGCGGGACACGGGCGUGUUUGAGCAUACCUGGCCAGAGCUGGAGCUGUGGCUGGAGCACUUGGAUGACACGGUGGAGGAGAACAAGGAGGCCGUGAUUCAGUUUCUGGAACGCGUCCUCCUGACGUUGGUGGCGAAUCCGUAUUCGUACACGGACAAGGCGUCUGACUUCGUCCAGGAAGCCAGUGCCCUGCAGGCUCCCGGGACGCGGCAGGACGCCGAUGACUCCAGCAUCCCCAUCUCCCACAUCGACGAUGUCCUCGACAUGGUGGAUGUGCUGGUGGAGGGCAGCGAAGGCUUGGAUGAGGAGGUUGGCUUCGUCCUGAAUGAAGACAUGAUCCUCCUCACGUUCCCGUUCAGCGCCGUGGUCCCCGCCGCCCUGGAGGCCAGGAAUAAGUUGCUCCUUGGAACAGAAAGCAAAGCAGGAGACAGCAUCGUGGCCUAUCUGACUGGGGUUCUCACGGACCUGCUCCACACCCAGAGAGACCCGCUGGCCCUGUGUCUUCUGCUUCAGUCUUACGACCAGUUGGAGCCUCCAAGCCUGCCUUGCCGCUGCCUGCUGUCCCGGUUCAACAAAUACUACAGCCUCUGGAUCCCGGAGCCAGCCCGCGAGGCCCUGGUGAGCCACGGCGACCCUGCGGAAACCAGGCCUUCCUUUCCCUGGGAAGCCCCGGAGGCCCCUGCCCGUGGGCCACGGCAGCUUGUAGCCCAGCCGCUGCAGACUUCAGGCAGCCCUGCCCCGCCAGGCCCCGCGGCCCCGUCCUUCUCCUCCUUGCUGCAGACGGCCUACGCCAGUCAGGACCAAGGCCAGGGCCCAGGCGGGCUCCCGCUCCUGGACGAGGGGGUUCAGGCGCAGCUGCGGGCCGCCCUCCUGCGCCUCCCGAUGCACCAGGUUCUGCGUACCGCCAAACACCUGCUGCUGUACAUCAGAAGCGCCGUGGAGAACUUCGCCCAGCUGGGCCGGAGUGCCGGGCCGCCCCUGCUGCAGUUCCUCCUGGAUCUCCUCCGGCGCCUCGUCAUCCACUGCCAGCAGCUGGACGCCCAGAACCAGCAGAAGUGCCAUGCCGCCCAGGCGGAGUCCGACCUCUUUGUGGACAUGGAGUCCAUGGCCUCUCUGGAGCUGGCUAGUGACAAGACGCUGGAGGAGGUGCUGGUGGCUGUCCUCAGACACCCCACGCUGGAGGGCUGGUUCCUGGCCCUGGAGCGGCAGGCCCUCCCGCCGCAUGCCCUCAGCCCGGUCCUCGUGAAGCUCCUGGCGGCUAGCCUCAGCUCGGGGAUCCUUCCGCUGCUGGUGGCCAGUGCCCCGGCCCUGCGGAGCCUCGGUCAGCUGGGCCUGCUGGCCAGGUACUCGGAGGCCGUCACCCAGAGUGUCCUCCGUGAGCUGCGCAGCCCGAGGGCCGGCUCGGCCACAUCGACGCCGAAGACCCUCCUCCCUCCGCUCGAGGCCCUGCGGGAGCUGCACCCCUACAUGGAGGACGCCCCGCUCCGGGAGGUCAUCCUGGCCCUGCUGAGCCUGCCCGAGGCCCGCCUGGCCACCCAGCGACCCACCCAGCCCCCCCGGAAGGAGAAACCGCUGACCGCCCUCGGGAGGACCCUGGUCCAGCUGCUGAGCAGCCACGCCCAGGAGAAGCCGCAGAGUGGGGAGCUCCUCUGGGCCUCCGAGUACGUGCGGGGCCUGGCGGCUCUGCUGCCCAUGCUGGCCGUGGCUGAGCUGGACACCGUGCUGCUUGGGGCUCUGCAAAGGGAGCCAGCGCUGGUCCCCGCGGUCGGGCUAACCCUGCUCGACGACUGCCUGGCACGGCGGACGCCAGCAGCCCUGGCCACGGCGGCCCUGCUCCUGCGGCACAGCUGGCCGCACCGGCUGCGCUUCGAGUGCUGGUGCCAGCGGGCUGGCUCCAGACUCCGCCUGCGGGAGGCCCCAGACGACUUCCUCCCCGUCGUCCACGUGUACCUGCAGGGCAGGACGCAGGGGCGCUUCACACGCCCCACAGGAGCUUCCUCCGCUGUCAUUCCUGUCUUGAGGAAGGCUCUGUGGAUGCCGCUGCAGACCAGGCUUCUCAGUGCUGACGGGCCCCCAGAGUCCGGGCUGCCGCAGCAGAUCCUGGCCCAGCUGGUCCCGUUUGCCAGAGCCAAGGACCUGCGUGCCCUCAUGGACCGCUUGCCCAGCUUGCUGCAGACUCCAGCCAGUCACACGAGCUGGGUUGUGGCUGACGCCGUCUCAGCCAUCCUGGAAGGGUCGGCAGAAGAGCUGCAAGCCUGGAAGAAGACUCUACUGAAGGCCUGUGUGCAGUGGCUAAUUGCAUCCUUCAGUGACGGCCAGCAGGAGGAUGGUCCCCAGGAUCAGGAGAAGCAAAUGCUGCUGAGGUUAAACGAACUGUUGAAUUCACUUAAGGAAGUUGACCCUGGUGAUUGGCAGAAAUUUGUGAAGACCGGACUCAAGUUUCGGUAUCAGGACUGCGCGUUUUUGGAAGCCCUCCGUGCCGCCACGCAGCUGUUGUAUCUCUCAGAAAGCCCCGCGCGCUCGCAGCUCAUCCAGCUCUCGGUGGUCCACAUGAUGCUCACCCAGCACUCCCUGUUCCUGCCCACCCUGCUGAGGGCCGCAGAGGAGGAGCCCGCAGACAGCCCCGUGAGAGAAGCGCUGGUGGAACUGAUGGCGGUGGUGGUGCAGCUGUGCCCCUCUGUCUGUGCCAGCAGCCACUUCGCGGUGCUCCUUGGGGCCUACGGUGCCUCACUCAGUAUCCUGGACCAGAAGAUCUUACUUCUCCUCCGGGCCUACGAACAGAACAACCACAGCCUCGUCAACUUCAGGGUACUGCUGUGGGGCCCAGCGGCUGUGGAGCAUCAGAAGACAUGCCGGAGUCUGGGCAAGUCGCUAUGGCAGCAGCCGAGCGUCGGGGACAUCCUCCGCCUGCUGGAUCGUGACCGCAUGAUGAAGACCAUCCUCCACUUCCCCCAGAACCGGAGGCUGCUGCCCCCCGAGGACGCACAGGAGCCGAUAUUUAGAGACCAGAGCGCGGUGGAUCUCGGGGACCUUUAUGACCCCUGUUUCCUCCUUCAUCUCUUCAGUGAACUGACCAGGCCAGAAUUUGUGGUGGAUUGUAGAAAAUUCGUGGAUUCAAAUGCUCUGGGCCUGACUGUCGCGGCCCUCAGCAGCUACGACCCACACAUGCGCGCCGCAGCCUACUCGGUGCUGGCGGCCUACUACUCGCAGCUGGAGGGGGCGCGCUUCCGGGAGCAGCCCCAGGUACUGUACCUGUUGGACGUGGUCCGGAACGGGAUCCGAACCAAGAACAUGAGACUCACCUUCACCCUGGCUCUCUUCAUUGCCAAGGCAGCCUUGCAGAUUUUGAAACCAGAGGAGCGUAUGUACAUGAAGAUCAACAAGUUCCUGCUGUCCCACGAGUACCUGAACAUGAGCAAAGUUCCAGGCUUCUACCAGUUCUUCUACAGCUCGGACUUCAAGCAGAAGACGGAGCGGGAGUGGGUGUUGGGGCUCCUCCGCCAGGGAAUGCGGGACACGCACUGCUUCAAGCUGUGUGCCAGGCGGGGCGUCCUCCGCAUCGUCCUGUCCUUCUUCAGCAGCCCGCUGUGCGACGAGGCGGCCCAGAACUGGAUUCUGGAGAUUCUGCAGAAUGCCGCCCGGGAUGCCAGGUCUGCCUAUGAGAUGCUGCGGGACUACAGCCUCCUGACGUGGGCCCUAAACGUCCUGGAAAGCAAGUGUCUGGAGACUGAGCUGCUUUCCAACCUCAUCUCCCUGCUGCACACACUGUGGGUGACCACGCUGGGCAACAGAGAAGUGGAGCCCGGGGCACAGCCUCCCUGCAAACCUGGGUCUCAGGAGCCCCCGAAGCUGCUGGCGCUGCACCUGGUGGACGAGUUCCUCUAUGUUCUCCUUAUGCUCACGAAGCACCUGAGGCCCACCUUGGCCUCCGCCCAGCUGACCGGCUUCUUCGGGGCGCUCGACUCGGUCCUGAGGUACCGGGCCACCGUGCUGCAGGCCUUCAAGGACAUGAACCGUCUGACCGUGAACGCCACGGUGCUGUCCACCCGGGACGUCCUUGUGCUCCUGCACAAGUGGAGCCUCCUUGAAAGAGACGUGCGGCUCCAGGAGGACCUGAGGGCCGCCGCGGAGAAGUGCCAAGUCCGGGAGCUGCUGAAGAUGCUCAAGGAGAAGAACAAGCCGGAUGCACCCGCCCGAGCCAAAGGCCUGCGGGCCCGGAAGUGGAGACCCAGCGAGGCGGAGGAGGCGGCCGACCCCAAACUGCUGGCGUCCACCCUGGAGGCGUGCAGGGGCCUCCUGAGGUCCAUCCUAACCCACUGGGGGCCCGAGUUCCCCAGCGCCAACCCAGAGUGUGAAGACCCGGGCCCCGUGGGUGUCGUCACCUCCCUGGUGGCCGGCUGGGUGCUGCGCUCCGCAGCCGGGAGCACACUUGGCCGGGCGGACACGGCAGGCCUCCUGGGCUGGCUCGAGAGCCACGUCCUGCCACGGCCGGCAGUGGUGGCUGAGCUUCUCCGCGACAGCACCGUGACGAGCGGCCUGUUCCGCCUGUACAGCCGGUUCUGUGGCGCCACAGAGCCGGCGGAGCCGGAGGACCGCUUGCCCGGCCUCUUCAACGCCGUCCUGCUGCGGCUGGUGGCGGCCCGGGGCACCGCGGAGAGCCCCCUCCAGCCGGUGCUCGAGGCCAUCCACCUCUCCUCCCUGGACACCGAGGAGAAUGCAGACACACAAGCCGCUGCCGCAUUCCUGGUGUCUCUGUACAUUAAGGACAUCUGGCUGGGGGCCCAGCAGCCAGACACCCUCCUGAGCCAUGUCCAGAUGGUCCUCGACGCCGUGGAGAACUCAGGAGGGGGUGACGAGGAGGCCAUCGUCCGGCUCUGCAGGGACAUCGCGGCCACGGUCCCCGACACCUGACCCUUGUGGCUGGCACCUCCGGCUCCAGGUUCCAGGAGUCAAGUUGAGUCGGGGAUUUCCAUGGAAGGCCUGUGAGACGCAGGUUGUGCGUGUCGACCUGCUGUUCUGACGGGAAGCCUUGGUUUCCUUUAGGUGACUGAUACAGAAGAAGCUCAAAGAACCGUGUAUGCAGAGAGGUCAGGGUUACAGGUGGCCUGGGCGGCCCUAGGCCCACGAGUCCCGGUCAGGGAGACCCUUCCUCUACGGCACUUGCUGUUCCUCAGAGAAAUACCUCAAACUGAGGUAACCCUGAAGUUGAAAUGUCUAAAAGUAUAUGAGACACAGGAGCCUGAAGACAGAUGGGUCACGUUUCCUCUUCAUAAGAAGUCGCAGCAAAGUUCUAUGUAACUUUUUGAAUAAACAAGCCUUUCCAGGAUUGUGUUAAAGUUAUUUUACUAAAUAAAAGGAUGCUGUACUAAAUUCUUAAAGCAUAAAACUAUUUUGUCUUCUGCUUGGAAAAGACAGCUUUAUAUUUUUAAAAAUUCCUUUUGAAAGCAAGGACUUUGAAUUUUAUAACAUUAAUAAAUGUCUAUUUUUGUUA